AGGUCCACCGUGAUUGCAGCACUGAGACUGUAGGGCAACAAGCACAGAAAGUGAUUGAACUCACUUUUGCACUCAUCAUGGACUCAUUCCCCUGUGCUAUUCUCCUCUUCUCUCUGCUAUGUUCAGCCACUGGUCAAGGUCUUGUGGUCACAGUGGAACCCCACACUACUACUGUGCGUGAAGGGGAGUCAGUCAGUCUCAGGUGCCAAGUGGGGAGCAGUGCACGUCCCGCCGAACUGCAGUGGAGAAGAGCCAAUAAUCAAGCCUUAGCAGACAAUGUUAAAAUCGGCCCCGAUGGUGCAGUUCUGACAGUUGCCAAUGCUCGACCUGGUAACCAGGGAGAGUAUCAAUGUGUGGCAACCAACUCUGGAGGUUCUGGCACUGCUUCCGCACAGAUCAACAUCAAAUUUCCUCCUAAAGUGCGGUUGUCACCAACUGGUCCUCUGAGAGUCAAAAUUGGUGCCCGAGUAUCAGUACAAUGUCGUGCAACAGGCAGACCACGGCCCAAGCUGAGCUGGAGGCGCCAAGGUUCCCCUCUGAAGCUUCUUUCUGAGGAGAGAGAUGGUGUCAGCACCAUACAAUGGGUAGUAGUACGUCCGGAAGAUGUUGGUGUGUAUAUUUGCCAAGGUGAGAACAACGUGGGUGUGACUGAGAUCAAAGUGGAGGUCAUUUUGGAUGGGGGACCUGAUGCACCCAUUGCAUCAGUGAGUCACAAGGAAAUUACUGCUGUAGAGGGUCGUUCUGUCACUUUCAGCUGUCAGGCUACAGGUUCUCCACCUCCCCUCAUCACAUGGUCCAAGCUGAGAGCCCCGUUACCAUGGAAACACACAGUCGCUGGGGGUGUCCUGACACUGACCAGUGUGGGGCGCCAGGACUCCGGCCAGUACAUCUGUAAUGCUACCAACAUUCACGGCUACAGCGAGGCAUACACGCAGAUGGAGGUGGAAAGUCCUCCUUAUGCCACCUCUCUACCCGAGCAGGUGAAACUCCAACCUGGCGAUGCUCUUUCUCUCCGUUGUUUGGCCCAUGGCUCCCAUCCCAUUCAGUUUGAAUGGAGCCGGGUUGGGAGAGGCAACCUGCCUGCAGGAAGUCAGACUACCAGCGACGGACAACUUGUGAUACCCCGUCUUAAAGCUAGUGACGGUGGGACAUACAAGUGUGUAGCUACCAACCACAUUGGGUCCAGUGAAGCACUGGCCAAAGUCAUUGUGAAAGGCCACUGAGAUGUCUGCAGUGUCAGUGCAAGCCCGGAUUGAUGACAUGAAAUGGAAAGUAUCACUCAAGUUAUAAUGUGCAUGUGGAGUUAACUCAAACCUUUCUUCAAGAGGGUUUAUUAAAGGAUUAGGUGAUACAUGGAAAAAUUGUGUCACUUUUUGGAGAAACUUCUGUUUUGUUAUUGUUUUGUUUCCAAAUUUGAAGAGGGAUUGCACACCACAAAUGGAAAAUGUCUGUAUAUUCAAGGGUAAUCUAGUUAAUUCGGUACUCCAUCAUCUACGUGCAAUUUUCCAAUUAUAAAUUACGUUUUAAGCAAGAAACCACAUUUGGUUGAUUUGAAGUGUUUAAAAUACACUGGUAAUUUUGAUGUUUUACUGUAAGAUAUUCAAUUGAAAUAUCUUACAUCAAAAUAGCUUAUUAAUUCGUACGUUCGUAAAUUGUACACCAGAAUGUUUCUGAGCCUCAUUGUCAUCCUGAUACCUAUAAAAUUAAAUAAACACUUUAGAACUAAUAUGA